UUGCCCAAAAUAAGCCAAAUGAGUCGGGGUACAGCAUGAUGCAAAGCAUCAAACAGCUUCAGCAUGGAGUGCGAUGGUGGAACAAUUCGGGCGGCCGCAGAACAUUUUUCAGCAAACGUAAGAGAGACUUUGGCAAGUGUAAUAUCAUCACCGAGCUGGGAAAUGUAUCGGCAGAACGGCCAGUCCCGGAACACAUCCCAAAGCCGGACUAUUACUACGUGCGUAACUCUCCCAGCAGUGGCGAAGGGCGGCCAGAAAUCAAGUCCAAAGUGCAAAUUGACGGCAUGAGGAAAAGCUGCCGAUUGGCGGCGACCAUUUUGCAGCGCGUCUGUUCUUUUGCCCAGGUUGGUGUUACGACGGACGAGAUCGAUGGCUUCGUUCACGAAGCAUCGAUCAAAGCGAACGCAUAUCCCUCUCCUUUGCGUUAUUUGGGAUUUCCAAAAUCGGUCUGCACGUCGGUUAACAAUGUGGCCUGCCAUGGUAUACCGGAUGAUCGGAAACUACUCGAUGGCGAUAUCGUUAACAUCGACAUUACGGUUUUUCUGAACGGCUACCACGGCGAUUGUUCGAGGACAGUGACGAUUGGAGCUGUCGAUGAAAUGGGAAAACAUUUGGUGCAAAGCACCGAGGAAUGCCUGAACGAGGCGAUACUUUGCUGUGGCCCUGGACAACCCCUAUGCCUGAUCGGAAAAUCGAUAGAGAAAUAUGCCAGACGAAAGGAGCUUACGGUAAUGCCGGCAUUUUUAGGGCACGGAAUCGGUAGCUACUUCCACGGUCCACCAAACGUGUUCCACUUUGAUAACGAUUUUCCCGGAGUAAUGUUGCCAGGAAUGACGUUCACUAUUGAACCUGUCCUUACUCUGGGGGAUGUGGAAGCGGAAAUCCUGGAGGACGCCUGGACCGCCGUCUCGGUGGACAAUGCGCGAAGUGCCCAGUUCGAGCACACCGUUCUAAUAACCGACGAUGGUUGCGAAGUACUUACAGUUGCCAAUUAGUAUGAAAAGAUAUAAUAAAUGUAGA